GGAAUAAAUUAUAUUUAUAAAAAAAGUUAAUAUAAAAUCUAAUAAUGGUAUUUGAUGCAGCCAAACCUAUUAAGAAAAAUAAAUCGUUUUCUUCAAUGGAACUAGUUCUUGAUGAAGAACGGAAAGAAAUACUAAAGUUUCUAGAGACUCGUGAAAUGCGAUUAUCGACGGGAUUAAAGAAUAAAUGUUUUCUUGAAAACGAUUUGGGAGCUGGGUUUAGAUCUGAUAUUAAUUUAAGUAAUACACUUAAUGUAUCAUCUUUGUCUAGAGGUUCAGGCUUUUUAAAUGAAUUAAGUUCUAUUUUUACGAAAUCUUCUAAAAAAUUUGAUCGUAAUGAUCCUAUUGAAUCUAAUUCUCAUGAUGGAGAAUGCUUCGAUAAUUAUAUAAGAUCGGCAUCGCCAUAUUUAAAUUCCACUGUUAAUGAACUGGAGUCUUUGUCUCUUUCUAAUAGUCUUGAAAUUCAAGGAAAAAAAAAUCCAGUUAACCCAACGAAAGAUACUUAUCAUUCUUCUAUGUUACCAUCUCGCAUUUCAAAAAAUAUAACAAAUAAAAUUCAUACUUCUAAAAAUGCUUUAAAAUCCAAAGAACCUAAUAUUUUUUCGCAAACAAAUAUGAAUUUUUCAUUGGAACAAGAGAUCAAUGCUGAUGAGGAUAGAAGAUCGCAAAAUAUGAAAAUUGAUAUGGGAACUAUUAUUUUUACAGAAGAUAGAACCAUAAGGACUAUAAAACGUGGAGAAUAUCCCUCAUCUUUUAGUGGAUCUAGAAGAAUUCGUUCAUAUCUUGUUUCUAUUGAUUUAAGUUCUGAAUCAUUAUAUGCUUUAGAAUGGGCUAUUGGGACUAUUGUACGCGAUUAUGAUAUUAUGAUGAUUGUAGAAGCUAUAGAUAAAGAUGACAAAGAUGAUAAGGGUAUUAUGGAGUUGGAGAAAGAAAGAUUAGCUGCGAUGGAAGAGAUAUGCCAGAUUACCCAAAAGCUACUAAAAAAGACAAAAUUGAUAUUGCAAAUUGAAAUUGAAAUAAUUCACCAUAAAACUCCUAAACAUUUAUUAACAGAAAUGAUCGAUUAUCUAGAGCCUACUCUUGUUAUUCUUGGUAGUAGAGGAUGUAGUUCAUUAAAAGGAGUUAUUUUAGGGUCAUUUAGUAAUUAUAUUGUCAAUAAAUCAAGUGUUCCUGUUAUGGUUGCUAGAAAAAAACCAAGAAAAUUGAAGUCAAAAUAUGCUGUUUUUGGCACAAAUAUUCGUAUGGCAAAUAAUUUAUUUACUAAGACUAUUGUAGAUUAAGGUUUAGUUUAUAUAAAUAUCAAAGUUAUUUAAUCUUA